AUGCCGUUUUCUGAAUCCUUCCUUCACAAGCGAGACGGAGAAGGAUGUAAACCUGGAAGUAGAACGCAGCACCUUACUUCGCCAUUGACUGCAAUCGAAGAUUUUGUCCUGAAAGACAGCCGAGCUUUUAGUUUCGAGAAACAUUUGCCUGAUGGCCGAAAUCCGCAGAGGCGAGGUGCAGCAGUACCUACCUACUACGGGAUCCGCAACUUCCUCAACGGGAAGUGGCCAAGGCAGCCGCGCCGGGUGCCGAUGCCGGUCAGAAAGCGGAGCCCGGUCGCGGGUCCGAAGUGGGUCUCUCGCAUCAGGCCACCCUCUUCCCCUCCGCCCCUGUUCAGCCACACUCAAUUGCAACAACGCAAAGAGAACUUUCGUUCUCAUUCGGCAUCAAAGGCGAGCUAUGUCAGCAUCACCCAAAAGCAGACAUAG